GUGCCGGAGGAAGUUGUAGACUGACGUCACAGCGCCUGGUGGGAAAAAUCAGUUGCUAAACUUUCAGUUUCUUUCGCAAAUCUUGCCGUUAUGGCGACAUUUUUCGGUGAAGUUUUAUCUGUGUGUUCACGGGCCGUGGAAGAAGAGGACGAGGACUUUGUAGAAAACGAAGAAGAUGAAGAAAUCCGCAGAGAACUAGAGAAAAAGAGGGAGGUAAACCUGCUCUGGAAUCCCGAAACUUCGCAGUCGCUGGCGUCUGGAAACAAACUCCAGUGUUCAGAUUUCUUCCUUGCUGUGGGACACAAUGCUGCCAGCUUCCUGUCAGCGUACGUUCUCAGCUCGUCAAACUGGGACGCAGUUGGACGUGCGUCGGUGUGGAACGAGAGAAGCCGGGCUGUGGCUGGGCAAAGCAGCGAGGAGUCGGCAUGUGUUUUCUACAGACAUAAGGACAUCCCAUCAGUGCUGAUCUGCAGAGUGACCUGCUACAUUGCAGAAGACCAGCUUUUUCAGUGGACGGAGAAGGUGUUCGACUGUGUGCAGCACAGGGGGCUGAACGUGACUGUGCUGUCAGACAGCUCUGUGGCUGAUUACAAGACAGAAAAUUAUCUGUCCAGCAGCUCUGCUCCCUUCCUGCGCUCUCUCCACACCGCUGCUUUCAGUGAUCAGCCUGUCUGCCAGUCACUGGAGCAGCCCAACAUAGUCACAGGGCUUCCAGCAGCAGUGCUGAACCACUGCCAGGUCCACUGCAUUGCUGCUGUUGUUUAUCAGUGUUACAGUGAUGUCAUUGGCCCCGACUCUGUCACCAUGGAGACCUAUAUGCCUGUGUUAACCAAACUUGGCAAAGUGAUGCAGCUGGACCAGCCUCCAACCACAGAUGUCUUUCGCAAGUUUGUCAGAACCACAGAUAUUCAGAGUAACCUUUAUAUUUGAGUGCCCAUGUUGAACACUCAGUAAAUUCUUUUUCACUGUAAGGUGGUCUUAUGGUUUUUUUUUUAAUAAAUACAUUGAAAAGAUGAAAA